UGAUGCAUCUGGGAGCAGCGCUUCUCCCUCACACAUCUGGCUUGGCAUCCCUCGGCUUUGUGCCAUGCUGGACCACGUACUAACUAGUCCUUAUCUCUCCGCUUCACUCCGGACUCUCAUCUAAGGAGAAGGCGAGAUGCACGCAGGGGCUGCUGGUGAGCGGUGGCAGGAGCUGCUGGGUAUGGAGGGGGCACAUGCCAGUCCUUGCGGUGGAGUGAUACAACAUGGGCACAAUGCUGGGACUUGCCUGUGACGGCCGGGGAAGCUCCACUAUAAGAUGGGGUCAGUGACCGUCAUUUGAAAGCUGGAAAGAGUCAGAAGAAGAAAAGUUGCCAAGGAGGACUAUUGCACCAGAUGAAUCCCAUUUCAAAGAUAAUGGCUGGGCAUGCAGAGUUGUAUCUAAUGGAAUAUGAAGCUACCCAACUUGAAAAGCAACAUGUUCAUAGUGUGUAUGAAAGCACAGCCCCUUACUUCAAUGAAGUGCAAAGUAAAGCCUGGCCAAAGGUGCGCCAGUUUCUUCUGGAACAAGAGCCUGGCAGUCUCAUUGUGGAUAUAGGAUGUGGGACUGGGAAAUAUUUGAGGGUUAACAGUGAAAUAUACAAUCUGGGAUGCGAUUACUGCAAGCCUCUAGUGGAAAUUGCCAAGAAUAACAAACAUGAAGUUAUGGUAUGUGACAACCUGAAUCUGCCAUUCAGAGACCAGUGCAUCGACACAGUCAUUUCCAUUGGCGUGAUUCAUCAUUUCUCCACCAAGCAAAGAAGAAUCCAAGCAAUAAAGGAAAUGGCCAGGACGUUAGUUCCAGGUGGUCGGAUUAUGCUGUAUGUUUGGGCAAUGGAGCAAAAGAGUCGUCGCUUUGAAAAGCAAGAUGUAUUUGUGCCCUGGAACAAAGCAUUGCUGCCUCGACGUCCUUCCGAAACCGGCCAGCCUGAAAAUAUUAACCAUAAUGAUAAGCUACAGGACACAACUGCAAACCAAAUUAUAGGGCUGGAAAGAACUGAAAUGAGUAAUUUAGGGAAUUCGAAGCAAUCGCACAAAACGGGCAACUGCAUAUCCGCAGAAUCCUGCUGUAUCACUUUUCCAAAUGAUGAAAAUAGACUUUACAGUUCCAUAGGUCGAUCACUCCGUUCAUGGUUUUUCUCUCGAUCGCUUGAUGAAUCUGCCUUAAGAAGGCAUCUUGACAAGAUGAAGUGUUUCAGCCAAGUUGGUGGAUGGGUAAACAGCCCUGUAUCUCUCCAGCCUUCUCGGCACUGCAGCAUCGAUCUUGGGCACGAAAGGUUGUUUAUGAAGAAACAUAGCUUUGAUGAUGAUGUAUUCAUUAAAAAUAAAUCACAAAAUAAUACUCAGUGGAUCAAAACUUUAAAUGCGGGACAAAAUGAAAAUGGAAAGUUCUGCGAACUUGAUCCUAAAGACCCAAAGCAAGCUUCCAAACAAAUAGAGGAAACACAGUACAGUAACUACAUAGGCAGCCAUGAAGAUAGUCAGCUUACACAUUGUAAAUUAUUAAAGCGAACAUCAACGACAGAAUCAAAUGAUUCCAUUUUGGAUGAAACCGUAUCAGUCGGGGAUGAGGAGAAUGAUCACAGUGAUUCCAAAGCAUUCAUGAGAUACUACCAUGUGUUCCGGGAAGGGGAGCUUAGCAGUCUGCUGGAAACGGAUGUACCGGAACUUCAAAUUACAAGUUCCUGCUUUGACCAUGGCAAUUGGUGUAUAAUUGGAGAGAAGAAAAAAAUUAGCAAUCAGUCAUGAUGAUUAGAAGUAUGAAAACUAUCCAAGAGGAUGCAAUUAAACUGUAGCUUUUUGUCUAACUUAAAAAAGUUGUUUUCAAUACAGUUGUUUCACAAAAUAUAGGGGUUAUGUAAUAAAAGUUUGCACAGGAGCAGUAACCCAUAGUAACCAAUAAGCAGGUAGCAUUUACUGGUUACCUGUUUAAAAGCAAACAUCUUAUUGGCUGAAAUGGGUUACUGUUCCUGGACAAAUUUUAUGUUUUUGGCCAAAUGGGGACUAGUCUAUUAAAUAGGGAUGGUAAAGUUAAAAACAAGUUUCUUAGUUAAACUAGAGACGUGAUCCAAGAUUCAUGCUGGGAGCAUAUUGGAAAUGUACAAACUAGACAACAUAGCUGGUUGUGUCUUUAGUGUACUACCAUGGACAUCAGAAAUCCAAUGAGAGCCACAAAGACAUUUACACUGUAUAAGUAAAGUUUUAGGGGAAGAUAACUUGUUGAACUGUAGAGCUGCUUUAUAUUUGGUAUUGUACACCUAUUUUAUGCUAGGGGUGUAUAAGGCUGAGAUUGAGUUGUGUAAGGACAUUGCUUGACCUUUAAUAGCUGUAUGCAUGACAUCAUCAAUUAAACAGUGAUAUUUAUCCUUAUAUUUGUUACUUAGUCAUGUCAGAGAGUGACAAAUAUAAGCAUACAUUUCUUUGACCCUUCUCUCUCCCUUCACACAAUCAUUUCUACUGAGGACAGUUAAACAGGGCUAUAUUUAGGACCUUAGAACACCCCCAAUGUAACGUUGUGAUGUCACUCACACUGAUGCAAAUGAAGUCACUUCCAGCCUAUGUCACUCUGCCAUGCUCUGAGGCCUGCAUUAAGAUUUCCAGUGGCUGGGGGGGGGGGCAUUUUUGAUUAUUUAUUUAAAAAAAAAAAUGUAUGUCUGUAUUUGUUAUUUAGGCACCUGAGGGCUACCCACAAAAGCUGCAGCCCUAGGCACAGGCCCUUUGGUUCCUAUAGAUACAUAUGCCUGAUACCUAAGCUAACCUAAAUACAAUACAAUAAAUAUAGUAUUUGAUGUGUUCAGUGAUGCUAGACAUGCCUGUGAGAGACUGCAUAGAGAAAGGCAAUUGCUUUUUAUAUCAUGCCCCUCGGUGGAUAGCAUAGGGAACAGGCUCAAACUGCUGGCUUGUAUUAUUAUUUAUAAUCUGUUAUUAACAGGUUAUAAACUACUUCAGAGGAGUUAGUCUUGUCCCUUAAAGGAGAAAGAAAGUCAUCUUGCACUUGUGGGUGCCAAAUUUUAGGCAAGUGAUUGUAUUUACUUAC